UCCAUCCUUCGCCGGCCGGUGCUGCGGUCCAAAGUGGGGCGCUCCGGGUGCACGCGCCUGCACGUAGAUUUUGCAUUUCGGCUGUUGCAGUCUAUCGAAGCCACUCUCUCCCACAUCAUCAUCUGGUGCUCUGCUCGUCUCACGCGCACCAUCCAAGAUGGCGAUACGAUACCUCAUCUUGCUGUCACGGCAGGGCAAGGUGCGAUUGGCGAAAUGGUUUACGACUCUCUCACCGAAGGACAAAGCGAAGAUCAUCAAGGACGUCUCGCAAUUGGUGCUCGCUCGGCGGACUCGGAUGUGCAAUUUCCUCGAGUACAAAGAGACGAAAGUAGUCUAUCGGCGCUAUGCGUCCCUAUUCUUCAUCGCUGCUACCGACCCUACCGACAACGAGCUCAUCACCCUCGAGAUUGUCCAUCGUUACGUCGAGCAAAUGGAUAAAUACUACGGCAACGUGUGUGAGCUCGACAUCAUUUUCAAUUUCCAAAAGGCAUACUUCAUUUUGGACGAGCUAUUACUGGCAGGCGAGAUGCAGGAGAGCAGCAAGAAGAACGUACUUCGCGUCAUUGGAGCUCAAGAUAGUCUAGAGGAUAUGGAGGUCGAGGAUGAUGCCGUUACGAAGAUUGGUUGAAAUCAGAGCACUGAGCGACAUCCUAAUUGCGCUCGACUUGACCCAUGUUGAGAAAACCUACAGCGCAAGCAAGCUGACUUACUUGUGCGGCCGUCCAGGAGACGGCAGAGCAGAGCCGAAGUAUCGAGAAGCGCCUUACAGAAGCAGGUGUCAUAUAGGCCAGCCCCACAUGGCC